UCUUGGAUUCCUUUUUGGCACCAUAUUCGCUCACUACUCUCUACGCCAACCAUGUAAAAGCUACUACUAUUAUUGACAAAUUUGCAAAUCGAGAACAUUUUGACAGAUGACUUUAUUGACUUUGCUAUCUCGCAGCCGGUUAAUUUUAAGGAAUACUUGCCUGAAGACACCUACGAACUUUAGGGUUAUGUCUUCUGAAGUAGAAAAAGCUCAGUCGGCUGCGCCGGCAGAGGACACCAUCUUUGGAAAGAUUCUUCGCAAAGAAAUACCAUGCAAGUUUAUUUACGAAGACGAUAAAUGUGUGGCCUUCCACGAUAUCAAUGCUCAGGCACCAACGCAUUUUUUGGUAAUUCCACGUAAACCUAUUGUUAUGUUGUCAAAGGCCAGCGAAGAAGAUGAGAGUCUAUUGGGACAUUUGAUGUUGGUUGGCAGCAAGGUCGCCAAGGACUUGGGUUUGGAAAAUGGUUAUCGUGUUGUCAUCAUCAAUGGCAAAGACGGUGCUCAAUCGGUUUACCAUUUGCAUUUACACUUCUUGGGUGGUCGUCAAAUGCAAUGGCCACCAGGCUAAGAGUUGGUGUGCCAGGCUUUGUACGACACGGUUUUCAAAGCAUUUGCAAAAUGUUGAAAUAAAAUAAAGAUGUGGAAUAUAAUUCCUUUUUUAAACUAUAAAA